CAGUGCACAGAUUCAAGUUCGGCUUAUUAAUAACAAGAGUUUAUUAUCACCACAGACAGUUUUAAAAACUUUUUGUUAAGAGUUUAAAGAGACAUUUCUUUACGGGUUAGACCUUAGGGCCCAGGAUUCUUUUCCACGGGUCCCUUCUUUGGUGUCAAGGGAUAUCCAACUCCAAACGCGAACCUCGACCCAACCAAACUAGCCAUGCCAUUUCAUCGCGAGUGGGCCUGGUACAACAUUUACUACCCUAAUCCAGACGCUGCCAUCUGUCGACUGGAAACCGAAGAUGCCGAGUGGAAUCGCCUCACCAGGUGGCGUGACUUUGACUGGUACCAGUGUGGUGCUAACGAAGUUAGGAAAAUUCACACGAAUAGGGGCAGUGUAAGGGCAUCGGACAAAGCCACCACCAAACGACCUGAACUGCUGCCACCUGCCGGCAUGCCCUCUGAAACUCACGCUCGCGUGCACCCGGGAUUUCACUUUGAACUCUACUACAGACUUCUUCAGGAGAGAGAAACUCUAGUGAGGUGUGGCCAGCUCCCACAAGAACUUCCAGGCCCUUACCCGACACACGCUCUCCCCUACGGGCCGCGUCAGAGCACGUCCGACUGUUCCGUGAGGGGUCAUCGCCGUAAUUACUAAUAAUAAUCUCGCAAAAGCCUAUCUCACUUGUGCCUUCCGACAAUAUCGUAAAAUAUCUUGUUUUCUUACAACUUUUUUCAUUCUUUAUUAAAAGAAAACAUAUAUCAGGAG